CCGUCCCUGCGCACUCGGCGCGGGGCCGCCAUGGAGGAGGCGCAGCGGCUGCUGACGGUGUCGGUGUGGAAGCUGUACCGGUGCCGGUUGCGGCGGGGCGGCCUCCGCCUGCACCGGAGCCUGCAGCUCUCGCUGCUCGUCCGCGCCGCCCGCCACCGCUACCUGAGCGCCCGCGCCGCCGCCGAGACCCUCCCGGGGCCGGCGCUGCCCGGGGACGCGGCGUGCAGAGCGACCUCCGACCGGGGGGACCUCCCGCGGGACCCGGCUGGGGACCCCCGCAACGCCUGGUGCCCGAACCGACCGAGCGGAGACCACCCGAACCGACAGACCGGGGACCCCGGGACCGACCAGAAACGGGGGGACCCCUCAGAGAAUCCGACCGGAGACCCCCGCAACGCCUGGUGCCCGAACCGACCGAGCGCGGACCUCCCGAACCGACCGACCCCCCGAACCGAACCUCGGACCGACCAGAAAUGGGGGAAUCCCCUGAGGGACUGGACCGGGGACCCACCGAACCUACCGACUGGAGCCCCCCGCAGUGAAUGGGACCGGGGAUGCCCCCCCAGCCGACCGACAGAGGACCCCCCCGAGCGCCCCACCCGGGGACAGCCCGGCCACACGGACCGCGGACCCCGCGAACCGGGACGGCGACCCCGCGACCGCUGCCCCCGCCCUUCCCCGGUCCGCCGGAGCCCCCCGGGCCGGGCAGAAGCGGCGCAGCAGCGGUUCUGCGGGGCCGGGGCGGGGGCCGGUACCGAGCAAACGGGGCGCGGCUGGAGGAGGAGGCGCCGCCGCUGCCCCCGGGGCCGCCGGGGCGCUGCUCGGGGCCGCCCGCAGCCGCCUUUGGCUUCCUGGUCCGCGCCGUCGGGGCGUGCUGAGCCCUCGGGGGACCCCCCUCGGACACGCGGAACCGGUUCUGGAACCCCCCGGGACACACGGAACUGGAACGGGGACUCCCCAAACUGGUGCGGGGCCCCCCCGAUGGAACUGAACGGGCACACGCGGACUCUCGGGGCUCCCGGUGGGGCACUCUCCCCCUCCCCGGUGACCACCGCGCUUGGAGGGGCUCCAGGCUGGCCCUGCCCCCCCGACCCCCCUUAAUUGUGCUUAAUUAUUAUUUUGUUAAUCAAAUAAAAGUGGGUUUUGUGCA